AUGAGUGAACCACUGAGUGUCCCUACACAGGAUCAAGGCCACAAAAGAAACAAACCGUCCAUAACUCGGUCAACGAGACCGAGGUCCUCUACCAAGGGGCCUCUAGACGCCGAUAAGUCACUCAGCCCGUCUCUCCAGCCGCCAUCACGAUCUCCCUCAGCCACCAACACAUCACAGCCUCGGCCUCCGCCGUCUCCGACACCUCAGCUGGGAGAGGCGAGACCCAAGGACUUCUCAUUCCUCUUGCAGCCCGAGAUUUACCAUCCCCUGAAUGUUCAAAACAUCCCUCCUGCGUUCCGAAACUCAUCAAAGCAGCCCAAUUCGGAGACACCCAUAGAUGAGCUGUUAGCCAAGGGUCACUUCCGAGCGGCAGCCAUUGCAGCAGCUCAAGAACUAACAGGCUCAACCAUAAACGGCAGCAGCGUCGAUCCUCAAGAUGCCAAUAGGAUCUUUAGGCUUCUCUAUACUCGGCUUGCGUGCCUUACCCUGAUCGACGCCACCUCACUUGCAGCGCAGGAAGCCAAAGCGCUGGAAGACCUGAAUGACGCCCGUAGAUACAUUGAUGACAGUACAAACGAACAUCUUGUGCCGUGGGAGUUGCGCGUGCUGCACGUCCGUCUACAGGCCCUGGGCUUUGGAGAUCCUCGCCGUGCUGUCAUGAGCUAUCAUGAUCUGGCCAGAGAGGCUAGAGAUCGCAUCAGAAAAGCAUCUCUGUCACAUGACAACUCUGCUAGAGAGCUGUGGAAGUCGCGUCUCCAUGAGUUGGGCAUCAAAGUCGCUGGGGCUUUGAUUGAGAUGGACGAUCUCUCUGGCGCGGCGCACCAUCUUGCCAGUCUAAGAGAUCGGGGCGAUGGUAAGCUGGCGCUAUCUAAAGCGCUACUUUGGCUGCAUCUUGGCGAUACAGGGAAUGCAAAGUCUUGCGCAAGCCAGUGCUCCGAGGAUGCUGAGAACGUUGAGAAGAUCAUUCUUGCCUUGUGUGACAUGGCAGAUUCCAACUAUGAGACUGCAUUGCAGAAAUGGCAAGAGUUUGACAUUACAUUACCGGAUGAGAUGAUUGGUGUGAACCAGGCCGUGUGUCUAAUCUAUCUUGGACGCAUUCAAGAGGGACGAAAUAUUUUAGAGAAGUUGGUCGAUUCGGGCUUCUCGUCACAUACCUUGCUAUUCAAUCUCUCGACGACAUACGAACUAUGCUCGGAAAGGAACCGGAUUUUGAAGGCAAGGCUUACGGAAAAGGUGGCUAGCAUGGAGCAAUCGCCAUUUGGAUGGGAGAAGACGAACGCCGACUUUAAGCUCUGA